CAACUCUGAAAACCUAAUACAAAACCCCGCCUCUUGUUCUCUCCCACCUCUUUGCUCACCAAAACCCCAACCUUCCCAGAUUUCUGGUUUUACUUGAGCGAGAUGGGGGCGAAGGCGAAAAAGGCGAUGAAGAAGCAACUGAGCAAAGCUGUCUCUGCUUCUGCUCAGAAAGCUCUGUCUGGUGCUUCUGCUCAAAACCCACUUCCUACUUCCACUACUCCUACUGCUGCUCCUGACUUCUUGCCGUUAGAAGGUCCUGCGCGUAAGCUCCCCGAAGAGAAGCCCAAGGAAGAGGUUGCCAGGGUUGUAUACAUUAGCCGGAUACCCCACGGCUUCUACGAAACUGAAAUGCAAGGGUUUUUUGGGCAGUUUGGUGUAAUCAACAGAUUGAGAGUCGUACGCAACAAAAAGACAGGAAAGUCAAAGCAUUAUGGCUUCAUCGAGUUUGAGGACCCAGGGGUGGCCAAAAUUGUUGCUGAAACCAUGCAUAAUUAUUUGUUGUUUGAAUGCCUUCUGCAAACCCAACUUAUUCCUCCACAGAAGGUUCACCCGAAGUUGUGGAAAAAUUGCAAAGUCCGAGCCAAACCCUUGAACUGGGUUCAAAUUGAGCGCAAGAGGCAUGACAAGGAAAGGACAGCUGAAGAGCACAAAAAGCUGGUGGAGAAAAUUAAGAAGAGAGAUCUGAAGCGUCAAAAGAGAAUUGUGGCUGCUGGUAUUGAGUACAAGUGCCCAGAGAUUGUCACUAAUGAUCAGCCUGCUCCAAAGAAGAGGAAGUUGCGCCUGAAGUAGGUGGCAAAUAAUUUACAUCCCUUCUAUGUCACGUGGAUUUGACUAGGAUGGGAUGAAGCACUCUAUAUAUCAUCCACCCUCAAAAGUGACUUUCUGGAUACCUGAAGGUUUUGGUCUUGAACUAUUAUCAUUACAUGUACCCGUAUGUAGCUUUAUGAUUUCUUUCAUUUUCUACAAUCUUCAAGUUUUAAAGGUACCCCAUGUAGAGAAAUAUAGUUUUUGACCCAUGAUAUGAAUUAAUGAAGGAGUGCCGCGUUGUAGUUCUUAUAUAGUUCGAGUUUCAAUUCUGGGUAGCAAUUUUGAAUGAAUAUGAAUCAUAAUUUUUCUA